UCUUCUUCCUUUUUCUGUGCUCGUCUGACGACUUUACCCCCGGAAACCGCAGAGCUUCGAAACCGACUGACGAUGUCUACUUCCGAGCCCUCUGAUAGUGUGAUGGCAAUGCUCAUCGACGGAGAGGACGAGCAGGAAGUACACGAGCUGCAAACCGACGCUCGGACUCCGAUUCCCAAGCAGCGCCGAGAAAUCUUUCCUUCGCUGUCGUCGAAUUGCGGUGGCGACGGCGACGAAGGCAGAAGAAAGAAGGUUUUGGCUUUGAGCGAUACGGAGGGUUUGUUUUGUCCUAUUUGUAUGGAGGCGUGGGAGUCGCAAGGCGAUCAUCAAGUCAGUUGUCUUCCUUGUGGUCAUGUAUAUGGCUUGUCUUGCAUUAGAAGAUGGAUUCAACAACAUGGUGGAAUUGUUGCAAAGUGUACACAAUGCAAUUCAAAGUACAACCUAAAGGACAUAAUAAAGCUGUUUGGAUCACCAAUAGUUGUUCUUGAUGAAAGUCUACAUAAGAAAGUAAGAUCAUACGAGGCUGAAGUCGCCUCUCUCAAGACUGAAAGAGCUUCUUUACUUGACAUACAAGAUGAUUUAUUCCGUGUACAAGAAAAUCUAUUCAAGGAAUUAACCAACUGGGGGGAGAAACUUAGCUGCAGAGGUGAUGCAGCAUCAGGAGAGAAAGGGAUGGAGCAGAGACAGGGCAGACAAUGGGAUCAUCACUCUGCCCAUAAUUUUCUCAGAGAAGGAAUUCUUCACUGUAAAUUUCAAUUGGAGGUCAACUUGAUGUCUCCUCGACAAAGUGAAGAUAUACAGCUUCCACCUCGUACAAAGCCCAUUAAGGAUCUACGUGUAUCCCCAUGUGGUAGAUUCGCCCUUUUAGCUUCACUGGGGAAGAAACUAUCAUUUCUUAGCUUGGGGAGCAACAGUUUUGUCACCACUUAUGACUUACCGGGCCCCGCAUGGUCGUGCUCAUGGGAUCUUAACACGCCACAUUGUAUAUAUACUGGUUUACAGGAUGGUAUGCUUUUAAUGUUCGAUAUGCGUUUUAGCAAGGUUCCUCUGCUAUCUUUGGCUGGGCUGACCUCCCGGCCAAUUCAUACUAUACACUCCCUCGUGCAAAACCGUGCUUUCAGUCACACUUCUCAUAAAUUGCUCACUGCUUCUUCCAUUGGCCCUUGCGUGUGGAACAUGGGUAGUACUGGUCCUGCUGGAGAAAGGCCAUUUCUCAUCCCCGGAUUAGAGGAUCAAGGUGUUUGUAUAUCAGUAGCUUAUAGUCCCUCAACUGAUAACAUAGUUGCUUCAUAUCAUCCGAAAACCAAUACAUCCGCUAGACCUUCUGGUUCACAAGUUCUUAUCAAGAGGGUAGAUGAUUGCUUUUAUCAUAAGAUGGGAUCUGUGCCAGUUCAUUUGAAUGACUUUCAGCUGAGAAAGUCUGCCAUUGUAGAUAUACCAGACUGCUACCCAUUGUUUGCGUAUGGUGAGGAACUGACCCGUGGAUUGAGGCUGCGGGAAUUGCCAAGUCUAAAAGUGAGCCAGAAUCUUGAACCUCAUCAACAUUCCAUCCUUGACGUGAAGUAUGCACGUUCUCAGGACAAAGGUUUGCUUGGUUGCUUGAGUGAGGACAAGUUGCAACUUUUCUCCGCGGCUACAAAAGGUGUGUUUAUAUUGUAAAUACUGAUGCGAAAAUAAAUUUGAAAAGCGAAAGGCGAAAGAGAGAGAGAUCUGCAACUGCUGCAAGGUUUCACCCAUCACUUUUUCGCUACCAAGGACGCUGGUUUUCAGAAUCAUAGGCAAAGAUGAAUCGUCCUUGAGGAUUCGAGGCUGCCAAUAAGAGAUAGGUUCUAAGUUAAAGUCCUGCCCCUUUCGGCUAGUUCUGUGGUAUGCAUUUCUCGGCCAUAGCUCUGGUCGACUGUUACUAUUCUUAUGGUUCUACCGUAGGUUUGAGAAGUCGAAAUUCAAGCUUCUUGUUCAUAAGAAAGAUAGGGCGACAAGGGAAAUGCUAGAUAUCUUUCCACUUGUCUCUCCUUCGCCAUCCUUUUCCGUUCUUUUUGUUUGUGUAUAUAACCCAAAAAUUGUUCAAUUAGAGCUUAAAUUGUUUCGGAAAUAACUCUGUCUGAAAAACA